AAAGGAAUUAUGUAAAAUAGAUUUCUGAUAAUUCAAUGUUUCUGGUUGUUUUUCAUGCCAAAAUGUCAACUAUAGCACAUAUGAUAUAGAAUAGUGAACAACAAUGAGUCAUCACAAAACAAUGUAUAAGUUUCACUUUUAGUGGACCUAAUGAGAAGCUAAAUCUACUGCACAUCUACCAUUCCAGUGUUUAAUUGCUAUAUUGUAUUUACUUCGCCACCAAGGCCUAUUUAUUGCCUUACCUCCCUUAUCUCACCUCAUUUGCACACAUUGUAUAUAGACUUAUUUUUCUACUGUAUUAUUGACUGUAUGUUUGUUUACUCCAUGUGUAACUCUGUGUUGUUGUAUGUGUCGAACUGCUUUGCUUUAUCUUGGCCAGGUCGCAGUUGUAAAUGAGAACUUGUUCUCAACUAGCUUACCUGGUUAAAUAAAGGUGAAAUCAAAUAAAUCAAUAAAGCAAGGAGAAGGUGGGAGUUACGCUGGGGUUUAGUACACAUAGCAUGUCCUACCUACUGUACCUCUCAGAAACAUCAAAGAAAACAGCAUUAAUAUGAGUGGAAGUGAUCUAUUUAUUUGGGUGUUAUGUCAAGGAAAUAUAAUAAACCUUGAAGGACAGAAUAUUUUCAGUUGAAAAGAAUGAGGAUUAUAAUUUAUUUACCACUCUUGGGGUGGGGAUAACUAAAGAGGAACAGGAAAUCAUAUGAUUCAUCACACUAUCUUAAACGUGCACAUGGCACAGCUGAACUACACCACAUAUGUCACCUGAGCUGUAGAUCAUAUAUAAGUGAGGUUUCAACAUCAUAGUGGUUUUCAUAUAGUAUUAAAUCCCCCCCCUGUACAGGUUCACAGACAGCCGUGCUCUUUUCUAUAGCGAAAGUUAUAUGAUGAUCCUGUCUGGAUUUUGGGUGCUCAUCUAUUUAUGUGUAUUCACUUGUAAAGGAUUUUUAAAUGCAGUGGAGGCAACUUUCGAAUGCAAAAAAGGUGAGAUGAUAAGUAGACGGAAAGGAAGAUUUUGUGAGCCAUGCCCUGAAAGGCAAUACCAGGCAGGACCAAAUCGCUCUCAGCGAUGUGAACCCUGCACCGACUGCAUUGAGAACAGUGAAUUGAUAUCAGAGUGCACGAAGACUUCCAAUGCUAUAUGUCAGUGUCGUACAGGAUUCAUUAGAAGGAACGAUGAGUCUUCGUUAUGCAAGUGUGCCAAGGGGUCUGAGCUGGAUACAUCAGGAUUAAUAUGCCGUGAAUGUAAGGAGGGAUCCUUUUCCACCAAAAUGGACUCUAAAUGUGUGAAAUGGCGAGAGUGUAGGAGGGGAGUGAGGAUUCCGGGCAGUGUGACAUCAGAUGUGACCUGUCAUGAGAAUUCAGAGCCAGAGGGGAAGACCCUCUCCUCCACACACACCACUUCCCCAUCUGGCUCCAUCCAGACCAUUUCUAAGUCAUUGAUCCAGAGCCAAAGGUCAUCCCCUCAUCCUGAUGUCCCCACCUUAACACCAGCCCCCACUAUCAAGGUGACCAAAAGUCCCAAGUUCUCAACGGCAGACUUUGGCCAAGUAAUGACACUCAUGGGAAUUGUCCUGCUGCUUACUUUUCUACUGACCACUAUGACCUGCAAACUGAUCACCAUUCCUUGCAUCAAGAACCACAAGAAGCCAGCUGUCAAAAAAUCUCAGGACUCAAUGUGCCGGAGGCCAGUUGAAGAAAGUGGAGACAGCAGUUUCUCUUCCCUGGUAAAACAACCAAGUUUGGGGGAGCCAUGAUAGAGAUACCUGGCUCUCUGUCUGUCAAACAAUUCAUAUUGUCAAAAUGUUGCUGUUAUUCUCAAUGCUACUCCUUUAAACCAGAAACAACUUUAAACAGUUUUCGAAAAUUUUAAAAUAUUGUCAAUAUUUGUUUAUCAUGUAUUCUGUUAUUAUGGAAGAGCAUUUUAGACAUUACUUUGUUUUCAAUCUAUUUGUCAACAAUAGCAUUAUUCUUGGCUGAGCUGGGGGAUCUAGAUAUUAUUUGAUUUUCACAAAUGUGCGUCUGACAAAAUAAUGAUAAAUACUACUUCCUGUUCCUUCAGGUGUCUGGUUAGAUUUACAGGGGAGAUUAUGUGAAAACAAUGCUAUGGUGGCAAAAUAAUGUUGCAACAUUUUGUAAAAUGUGUAUUGUGUUAAAUGUUGUGGUUGUUUAUGUCUUUGCAAAUAAACUUUUUCACAUUUUGCAUGA